AUGCUGCACCAGGCUCCGUCGAUAUAUCAGUCGCCAAAAUGCUUCGUCACGUACGGCACGAUGGGACACGUUGAUCCUAAGCAGAUUCCAAGUAAAGGCAAGCCUUGGACGGCGAUAUCAGAUCUCGACUUUAUCCACAAGGUUGACUUGAUCAUUCCUCAAGACAUCUAUGAGACUGUUGCCCAGAAGAUGACUGAGCGUGAAGCCCCGGCAUAUUACAGAGUCGUCAUGACGCUGGGCCAGGUUCUGGAAACAAAGUUUCUUACUCAGUACAUCAAGCUAGGAAACAUCAUGAUGCUCUCCGAAGGCAAAACAACCAUUGGGAAUCUAUUCACUCUUCGAGAGGGAAACCUAGACCUAUAUCUCGAUAGAGAGACGUAUGAACGCGCUGGUCUUGAAGGAAAGCCUUACGGUAAAAAGGGCGACCGGGGAUCUAAACCCAGAUGGAAAGUAUCAUAUAACCUCAGAGAGGAAUCCAUGCUACACGGAAGAAAAGGAUUCGACAGACUGGUGUAUACAUGUAAAAAUGUAUUGAACCAGCCCGUAACAUGGCUCGCCUGCAACGCCUCUAGCUCUGCUAUGAGCGUAGAUUUAUUGCAGGAUCUCAACGCGACAGAAAUGACAUCUUCACCAACGCUAUCCAAAGAUACUGGAAUCUAUCAGAUACCCCUCAGGAUACCUUCCACAAUCCUUGCGCAAGGAGACCGCGAGGCUCUUGAGUAUUCUGCGACAGAGAUGUACGAGUGGCUAUCACUGGUCCGACUGGAGAGCCCUCGUGUUGUGGCCGGGGAUGACAUCGACCCCUAUCUCUCGCGAUAUGCGCCACCAGAAGCAGACAGCACCGCGGCCCAAGUGCAAGUCUGUAAGCUGAGUUGGCAAGGAUUCCUAUCCUCGAGCUGGUUAAGGAGUCUAUUCGUCGACAUAGUCACCAGCUGCCCCUCGCAAUCUUGGUUUGCGCUUAGCGGCACGACCUUUUCUCGCAACAUCCUUGGAGGAUGCAACGAAUUGAGUUUUCUUCGGCCGCCAGAGAGCGCGGGAGAAUUUCUCAUGUGGGAGACCAAAAGUCAGGACUGAGGAAAGAUGGGAGCUUAGGCUUGCUUAGACCGCACAUUUCGCUCCUCAGACAACCCUUGGUCAAGAAGGGCCUCCUCCACCAGCUUGCGCAAAUCCGCCUGGCCCUCGGCCGUAUUAAAGUCCUCUCUCUGGGCCAACUCCUCGAUUCUGCGGCGGAACUCUGGAUCGAACUCGGCAGGGAUAUCCUGCGUCUCGUCCAUGGUGCCAACUGUGACCUUCAUGCCUUCUGGGGCAUUCUUCAUGAACUCGGCUGCGCUGGCCUCGAGCUCCUUGCCGGCUUUUUCGGAUUCAACGGUAGCUAGAUAGACAGCAACUUCGGGGAAAUCGCCCUCUCCCUCAAUCUUUUCUCUUGCUGUCAGCCCUUCCAAGCCUCUGUGCAAGAC